GUUUCCUGGCCUCGGAUGAUGAAUAUCGUUAUCAUUUGUCACUGCUGCUUUUACUACAUAGUUUCAAUGUGGAAAAUGCAAUGUUUAUUUUAUAUGCAUAACACACUAAGGGAAUAAGCUAGAGAAGCCAGCACUGCCUUAACCCUACAAGUCCAAUGCUGAAAUGCACAGAUGCCUGGAUCCGUUCCUCUUACUACAUGCCUGUCACCAGCAGUGUAUAAAAUGGUGUGUCUGCUUGGAUUUGAGGUCCAAAAUCAGUUUGACCUAAAAAGUCUCUUAGACAAGGAAAAUCAAGUUUGCUGGGGCCCAAUCUGUGAGAAAGUAUCCUACCUGUCCUCAGGUGAGGGAUUGGACUAUGCUGAGAGUGUCAGAAAGCUGGGACCUCUGUGUGAUGCAGUUCAUACACAUUUCAUGUCAAUGCCUUAUGAGAAGUAUGAGGAGACAUUUCAUAAUAGGCUUCAGUGGACUAAUAACUGUGAGUUGUUUCUUACUGCCCUGAAUUCACUAAAAAGCCUGGAUGGGACCAAGAUCUCCCUACAUUUGAUGAAGAUUACCUCUUGUCUGGAGCGCUCACUAGGUGAUGUGUAUUUAAUGAUUGCUAAAGACUGUCCCUUCUUACUAAGAGAUCUCCUUGCAUCCCAGGAAUUGGCCAAAAUCUUUAGUCAAACUGUGAUGGAUGUGUUAAGGGUUUUCCUUGGCUCACCGCUAAGUCUAAACCUUCGAAACAUCUUGUGGCAUGGAUUUGUUUCACCAUAUGAAAUUCCACCCAAAUAUUGCUCAAUGCUUUUGCUGUUAACUGCUGGUCUGGGACAGCUGCUGCAGUCCUGGCUUACAAACACUGAGAUGGUUCUAGUUCAUCGACCUUACUUUGUUUUUAGUAAUCUGCAGGAAAUGACAGAUUUUCCAGAUCUAAGUGAAAAAGUACUUUCAGUGGCUAAAAGUUUAAUUGAGAAGUCCAAGUUUGUUUUGGCUCACAUGGUACCAUUCUGGAUUGAAGCAAUAACUGCAUUUAGACAAGGCAGGUAUGGUGACUGUGCUAUAUUCUUAUUACCGCAACUUGAAACUGGCCUACGGCUGGCCUUUACCACAGUUAAUGGAUGCCCAGAAAGGAUGCUCACAGCUGAGUCUAACAGUCUGUACACAACUUUUGAUGAGAUUUUGGCAAAGCUUUUAAAUGAUGAAUCUUCUAAUCGUUUGCCGGGCACUCUAGGAGAACCAGUAAUGGAGUUUCUUUGGGACAUGUUAAGCCAUCAGGAAGGUCCAAGAGUGAGAGACCAUCUCAGUCAUGGAGAAAUACAACUAUGUCAAUUUCCAAAACAAAUUGCUUGUGAGUUACUGGGGUUUUCAAUCGUUCUUCUUCACAAGCAUCUUGAACAAGAUUCCUUUCACACGGAGGACAUUGCAGAAUUACAACCAAUAUUUGAUGCUGUUGAAUCCUAUCAAUCCAGAUAUCAUACAAUUGCACUAGUACAAACACAGGUGUUAAAAUGCUGUGAAAGCCUUCAGAAUUGGGACCUACUUCCAAUUCCAUCUCUAGGUCAUCCCAAUGAAACCAAGGAGCUUCAGGACAAUGUGGAUCCUACUCUCUCAUUUCAUUCAGAAAUAGAACAGAUUAUUUCUCUCCUGCAUCUUCAAGAAAAUGCCUGCUUUACUCAUGAGGAUUUCAGCUGCUGGCUUCAGACAGACAAGUGGCUCGUCUCUAUAAAAGAGCUAUGCAGAAAAAAUAUUUCAACUCUAUACUGUUCUCGAUUGGUCUUGGAGGCAGUUGGUGUUCUGCAUAAAGUCAGCACUCAGUGCUAUCAAGUCUCUGCUAAUGUUCUUUGCACCUCACAAAUAAGAUAUGAACAGUGGCAAAACAAGACACUGCGCUCUCGUCAAAGGCAGAACUAUCAGCGCCUUUUGUGUAGCAUUAGGUCACUGUCUACAGCUCUGCAUCUAAUUUUAACAAUCGUGAUUGUGAAUUUGAACAAUAUACACAGUAUAUGUGAAAAGGCUCACUUGGAAUACCAGAAAUACUUGAAGUAUCUUAAAUCCAUUCUGCAGUACACAGAAAAUAUGUCAACAUGCACAAGCCCAGAGAAGAACAGAUGGGAUGAAGCUAUUCAGAUGACAAGUAGAAUAAUGUUCAAGAUAAAAACAUUUUAUGAAAACAAUAAAGCCAUGUAAAGAUUAAAACUUAUUCUAGUUU